AUGGCGGAAAGAUGUCAAAAAAUGGAAAAUAUGAUGGAAGAUUUGAUUCAGCACUUUGGAGAAUCGCUGAAAAUCGAUGAGCCCUAUAAAUUGCUGCAACGCGAUGGAAAUCUCAAGCUAACCCGCGCCGACACAACCGCUUUAAUGGAAAAAAUGCACGAGAAAGCGGCGGGAAAAUUCCGCGAAAAGAUGCGAAAACUUGUCGCGGAACAGGAAUUGGAGAAGAGGUUUGAGGAAUUGAAACAGUUGGAGACUGAAAGCGCAGAUCGAGUUGGGUUUGCGUGCUCGAAUGUAAGAUUUUUCUAGAAUUCCUGAAAAAAAAAACGCUGAAAUUCCCUGUUUUUGCAGCCAAAAGAGGAUGUGAAUCUGCAUGUUUUGACGACUGCAAUGAAAUUCAACAAUCACGCGAAAGAAGAGGUUGAUCUUCUCAAAAUCGACGUGGAAAAUGCGAAAGAGACGGUUAAAGUUGACAAAAGAAGUUUUUGA